AUUCAAGGAUGUGAUUAUGAGGGGCGGUGACUCACCCAUUUGCGGCUGCGCCUUCCGGAUUCAUCGCCUUGGAUUUCUCUACCUGUCGCGUUUUCUAUAUAACUACCAGCUACCAUGGAUACUCUCCAUUCCAUCUUCACCGCCCACAAUGCCAGGAAAACACGUAUACUUUGGCGACGUCGCCCAUACUGUCUUCAAACAGACACCCAGCACUCCUCCCUACCAGCCCUCUAUCCCUUUGCCAGCUAAUUAUGGCGCGUCGUCGUCGGCGCCUAGCCAGUACGGCUCAGUCUGUGCACCAUUACCUGCUUGCAUGACUACCUUGCACCCCGUUCUUGCUCUCUCCCAGGUUCCCCAUCUCAGAUUCGACGUCUCUCUUCCCCCCGUGAACAUCACUCCCAAUAAUCGGGCUAUCUCCCCCCAUGUCUUCUCAGAACCAGCAACCAGCCCAGCUCUCCCCCUCAUCAUCAUCUCAUCAACAGCAUUUCUAUGGCGAAUCGACGUCCGGCCGAAACCAGGCUCGCCCUUCGUCACCGUCGCCGACGUUGUCGAGCAGAUCUACACCUUUUUACGCACCAACGUGUCGGAGAGGGAGUGCAGCAGGCUCCAGCUGCCUCCACAGACAUUGAAGAAUGUCUAUAGAGCAUUCCAUGAGAGAUACCAACGUAUCCCGGACCCUGUCAAGCUCAAGGAGGAGAGGGAGAAGGGUCUCAAGCGGGUAGACUUUUUGCAGGGGCACCAUACCUUCAUGGGUCUCGCUACCACGGGCGGUGACCGUAUGCCUGAUGUUUGGCAGCUGUUCGUAUCAUAGCAGAGUCGAGUGAGCACCUCGUCCACUGUACUCGCCUUGAUACCCCUGCUGCCUCUCAUACCCCGACAACUGUAUUUACUUAUAUACUACGACGCUGAUAUGUAUUGCAUCUUAUUCUUACUUUUUACAUUAUGUAUGUACCAACCUUUCGAUUAGCAUAACAAUGAAACCACUGUUCAAAUA